AUGUCUGCCACACCCCCAAUUCCAGCACCAUACGAUGCGACCCCAAAGCCCACUCAGCUUCUGUUUCGUCGCUUCCAUCAGAGUAUCGGGGAAUGGCCCUGGGAGCUCGUCGAAGCCUUUGAGCCAAACCACUGGGGCCAAAAUUUGCUUUCGGACUUCACCCGGCUGCUAAAGGUUGAUUUGCCUAGUACCCCAGGCGUCGGACUACAAGAUGUCUUGACAUUCAUGUUUGAUCAAUCCGCAUUUCAUCCCAUUUCGCAAUACAAAUGCACUCUAAGCAGGUCAGUAGUCGCCCAAGCCACCAAAUGGUUGCAAGACAAGCGUAUGGCUGGAGAAGAGCCACCUCAGAGCAAAAACCCGGAAUCCGAAGAGUUUCGUUCUCUACCUGUUAAGAUCGAGCCAGAGGACGAUAGUAACGCUGAGGUUAGCCGACGAAUUACUCGUUCUCAAACAGCUUAUCAGCGUAAGCGCACGCACGAGAUCAUCAACCUCAGCGACGACGAAGAAGGAGCUAAGAACGGCAAUGAAGUUCAAGUCACUUCGUCAACUCAUAUCGCCAAGAAAAGACUCAUGAUGUACUUCAGUUUCAAGUCUCCGAAAGGCCAAGAGCAGCUAAAGGUGGUAGGAGAUUGUAUCUCGGUUCAGGGUGAUGAAUCCGACAAACCUGCGGGCGAGCUACCGGGUCAGCAAAGUCAGACAUCUAUCUCGAACAACGAUGAGCUUGCACACAUCGAAUCUUCGGCUUCGGUUCGCGACAACCCAUCUGUAGGAGAGUCGCCUUUCGUCGACGUGACUUUCAAGUCCUUCGAGGAUGCUCAGGCCGCCUACUCUGCCUACCUCAAGGAACAGGUAGAUAAGUCUCAGGCCACUAUCCACCGAUCUCGAGGCGAUAUCGACACUGCCAGACAACAACGCAAGGAACUCCUCGAGAGUCAUCAUAUGAACAAUGCAGCAAAGGAGAAGGCUGUUUCCGAUGCCUCUAGUGCACAAAAGGCCCUCCAGCGAGCCACCGCACUCUGCGCAGCUGAAGACGAAGUUCUCGAGCAGGUCCGCCGCAUCAGCGCCAAUCACCCCUCUGUAAUUUCCGACGACGCCCUGCUCGGCAUUGUGUCCUCCAACAGCCGCAACAGCGAGGCUCAGCUCCAGAAGCAAGCGGCUGCGGCCAACUUGGACGCCAAGAAGAAGUGCCUCGCCGACAUUUGCAAUAAGCUACAAUUGGCUGAAGCACAGGCCGCGCCUCUGCUGAGCAAGAUCUACGAUUUGUGCGAGACCGAGGAGUUGGAGAAGAAGAACCAGCGAACUCUCACCAUCCUGAACCGCCUUAUCCAGAUGGGUCCCAAGCUUGUGGAUUUCUUGGAAGAGGUUCUGGGCGACAAGGAUAUCGACGAAUGGACGGAGGACAAGUUGCGACAGGUUCAAGAGGCCAAUAUUUUGUAA